UUUCUCUUGCUCCGCCUCCCCUCGUUCACCAGAAUAAAGAAAACCAGGAGAGUAAAAGGCAUCAGUGCAGCUACAGUACACUCUCCAGUCUCCAUCAGUUAAUCUGGUCCACAUAAAACCCCGAUACAACCGUCGAAAUGGGAGUUAAAAUCCAUGUCAUCUACUGUGGUGGAUGAGGGUACAGGCCCAAGUUCACCAAGCUCAAGACGUUGCUUGAGGAUGAAUUUCCAGGCGACCUUGACGUUUCUAGUGAGAGCACACCCACAACAACUGGGUGGUUUGAGGUGGAGGUGAACGGCAUGCUCGUCCACUCAAAGAAGAAUGGGGAUGGCUUUGUGGACAGCGAUGUGAAAAUGGCUAAAAUCGUAAGGGCUAUAGAGGGGGCCCUGGGCAAGUGAGCCUGCCCUGACGUUGGAGUUUGUUAGUCUCUGUCUGUUAACCUCCCUGGCAGUGCAACAAUGAUGGUGACUUCCGAAGUGUCCUUGGCACGGACGUUACUUGAUGCCUACCGCAUUUCCAUGGAGGAGGCUCUCGGAGUAGACAAACUCCAGAUGUAAAAGGGUUUUACGUAAUACUUAAGAUAAAGAUGCAGCAAAAUUUGUUUACCUUUGUUUCUAAAAUGUUUUUUGCGUAACUUUUUUGAAAUGCACAAUAUGCAACAGUAAAAUUUGGGUUGUACUGGAUGAAUUAAUAAAAGGAAAUACUGAGAGGAAAUCA